CUGAGCUCGGCGGCGGGGGAGGCGUGUGUGCGGCCGACUGAGAGAACGGCCCGAGGGUUCCAGGUGGAGGAGGCGGCAGUCGCCAGGACGCGAAGAGAGGGGGCGCCUCGUCCCGCCGCCCCUCGGCGCUUUUCGGUGGCGGGAUGCUUGGCUUGGCUUUGGAUUCCUUAGGCCCGUUAGCCAGCAGGCUGGGCGUACCCCCGCCUCACGUGGAAGAGAGGGCUGUUUGGGGGGGAUGGCGGGGACGUUUCAAGGGCUUUUCUACGCGGAGAGCGGUUCGCACGGAUUCCUGGGAGUGAAGGGGAAAGAGUGCAAGACGUGCGAGAUGGACCCGUUUGCUGAGCGCGUUUCUUCAUUUUAGCAAGUGGUUACGGGUCGGGCACUGUUCUGGUGAACCAGCGCUGUCUGGGAAAGAUACAUGUGAGUUGUUCUGUUGAUCAGGUUUGUGUUAAAUGCUGCUAUCCUUCCGUUAUGCCCGCUUUCUGCAAACAAAAUUACUUCAUUACUUGUCUAAACGAAUCCAGGCUGCUUGUGAAUGUAUCCCCAAGCCUGGCUUUGAUUCCUGCAUCCGGGCCAAUGAAAGGCCAGCUAGGAUCCCGAAUCGAGUUGUUGAGAUGAAUGUGACGUCUUAUGCAAUUUCCCACCUUUGAGAUUGUGCCCUGCCCUCCUUUCAGUAAGCAGGUGCUUACUGCAUUUCUUUUGGAGAAUCUGGCACUGCAGCAUUGUUUUCAGGAGCCAAGAUAUGGAAACAACCUAAGUGAACAGAGCAGCAAAGACUAAGUAGCCGCAAGCACUGAAAUUAGACUUUUUGGGUUCAAAUCCUGACUCUGCCACUUACCUAGCUCUAUAAGCUAAUCGCUUUGUGCCUUAGUUUCCUUAUCUGUAAAAUGGGUAUGAUAAGUAAGUAUCCACCACCCACAGUUGCAGUGAAGCUAUUACUCAGCAUACUGUCUGGAACAUAAUAAGCACUCAAUAAAGUUUAGUGAUUAUUAUUCCUAAAGAGUCAAUUUUAUGUGAAGAUGGUUGGGAAAUGUAUUGUUUUUAUAUCAAGACACACGUGGUUCUAUUAGGAAUAGAAUGCAAAAUUCAAAUAGUUUAUAGUACUUCAUAAAAGACUUCAGACAGAUUUUCUGCUUUUCAUGGGUACCCCUUGGGCCACCUGGUGUGGGAGUUCAGUGUCCUUUGCCAAGAGGCGUUUGCUGAACAAACUCGCACGAGCACUGCUCAUUCACUUGUCCUAAUUAGGCCCCUUCUAAUACAGUGGUACGUCGGUUUUUUAACGUAAUCCGUUCCGGAAGACCGUUCGAGUUCUGAAACGUUUGAAAACAGCCGACAACUAGGCCUCAGGAUCUUGCACUCAGCGGAAUCUGCGUGACAUGUUUGACUUCCGAGGCGUGUUCGAAAACCGAAGCAUUUAUUUCCGGGUUUACGGCGUUCAGAAACCGAAAUGUUCGUCCACCGAGACAUUUGAAAACCGAGAUACUACUGUAUUCGUUUCCUUCCCAGGCUGGACAGAUCUCUCUCGCUUGUCCACUCCAGCUGGCUUCAGACGUUCUCAGCAUCCUGGACACCCUUCCCCAGACACUUUGCUUUGUUAGUGUCUCUUAAAAAUGUGGUGUCUGUGGGGCCCACCGUCCUCCAGGCCUGAAUGGCAAUGCAGCCUGAGCUGCCCCACCUUUGUGGCAGCCGUUUCAGAAACACGUGUUUUACUGAAGAAACAUCUUAGAUAUUUGUCUCAUUUUUAGGAUUUAACAUUUUCCAUUUGGAGUUGUCAACCUUCUUAGAAGAUUGAUUUUGGCAAUCAAAAUGAAAGAUUUCUUUGAAGUUUUAGAAGAAUUAUACAAGAAGGUACUUCUUGGAGCCACACUUGAAAAUGACAACCAGGAUUACGUCUUUUAUCUGAACCCAGCAUUUUCCGAGCAAGAUGGCAGUACGGCCACCUUCUCAGAAUGCUCACACACCUUUGGGCUCCAGGGCCAGCAUCAGCCAUCGUCUGUCAAUUUGGCUACCAGUUCUGUAGCUCCUGUGCAUCUGAAGAGUCCCUCUCAGAUGAUCAGUGCCCACGAAAUAAAGCUCCUCCAGUUAACGGUGAUCAAAGUGCUGGUAACCAGAAUAUUAGCUGUCGAGACUGAGUUCCGUGCAAAGGAAAAAUACAAAGAGAUCAUUAAAAUUCUUUUAGAAUCAGCUGACAUCGAUUCUAAAUUAAUCUGUAUGUUCCAAAACCAGGAUAAACUGUUGGCUCACAUGGCUGCAAAUUGCCUCGCACUACUCCUGUAUUUCCAAUUAAAAGAAAAGAUAACGUUAAGUAAUUCCUGGAUUGCUUUUUGCCAGAAAAAUCUUUCUGAAUACUCUGAAAGUAAUAAAGUAUUAUACUGCCUCUGGACUCUUACUGUUGUAAUGAAAGAAAUCUUUAAAGAUACAUGUUCACAAAAAACAGAAAUUCUGAAGCAGUUCCUGACUCCCUUUGACAGUGUUUUUGAAGGCUUUUAUAAUUCCUUAUUUUCUCAGCAUUUUGAAAGCCACCAAGAUACUUCUAAAACAGUAAACAGCUUAAUCUGUUUCCUGGAAAUGCUUGAACUUCUUACAGCUUCCAGAAUCCACCUGGAGCUGCAUUGUACCUGCCAGCGGAUUGUUUUCUUGAAACCUUCUUGUGUGCUAGACGUUAUUACCUGGCCUAUUCAGGCUUUCGUCAAAAGGAAGUUCAUCAUAUUCGUCAAAAAGUGCCUCCUCCGGAAACUGGGUGAGGACCUUUGUCGGGGAUCCGUUCCUUCCUUCAGACCGCCAGAUUGCCAUUUGGAGGGGGACAUGUUGGCUUUAGCUGAUGCGGUUUUGCAAGCUGUGGCCCUGGGCUUAUUGAGGACAUUGUCCAUCCAUGGAAAACCUUCCUGCUUUGGAGGUGGUGAACUUCAACCUGGAUGUGAACAAGUCGCUGGUCCCGAUCACGUGAUCCUUAGAGCAGCAAGCUUGCUUAUCAUUAAAUCCUUAGAAAUCAAGUUUCAAAAUUGUGCUUCGGUCACUGAAAUGCAAGUUGAUUUACAGAGGUUCAUGUCUGAGUUACUGACCUUCUUGAAGCCACUCCUUCAGCCCUCCCUGCAGUCACACAAUCCGUGUGCGUGGUUGUCCAGGGUGUUCAUAGAACAAGACGAUGAUAUGCUAGAGGCUGCCAAAGCUUCCAUGGGUAUCUACCUGACACUGACCAGAAAAUGUGAAGCUACUGAAAGCUUGACCCAAGAAAAAGAAUUAUGGAACCAUCACACACACGAAAAUGGCUAUAAUCCACACUGUAUUUUCUUAUUCUUUUUAAAAAGUGUAGGAUUUGAUUCUACAGUUCUUCUUGACUUUUUGAUUUCAUCAGAAACCUGUUUUCUUGAAUAUUUUGUUAGGUAUUUAAAAUUACUGCAAAAAGACUGGGAUGAGUUUUUCACCGUUUGCAAAUACUUUGAUGUAACUGAAUCUAAUGAUAGCAUAACUAUCUGUGGUUGGAUCGCCUCACUUAUCCAAGACAGACGCAGCCACCAGGUGGGACUUUGUCCUUUGGCUGCACUUGGCAGUCACAGGACGGUUCAUACAUGGGCCUCCGGGGCUUCUGAUGCUUCGUCCAAACCACCAACCCAGGUCGUGAUGUCCAAGGAGACCCCAGCCACACUCCAGGCUAAUCAUCUGUCUCCCCGACAAGCUUCUCAGAGUCUGGUGGAUUACGACAGCUCUGAUGAUUCUGACGUAGAGUCCACAGACCUGUGUUUAGCAAAUGGUGAACAGACAUCUUUAUACCAAGAAGCAAUGCAGAAGAUUCAGGACACAGUUGGGACAAGUGGGGAUAAAAAAGAACACAGCCUGGAGCUUCAGUCAAGGCCUCCGGUUCCAAAAGAAUCUACUACUCCCGUCUCUGUGGACUGUGCUAUAGCCCCAGAGAGCAUUGUCUCUGAAGUGGGAAUGUCUUACAGAACAGUAAAAUGCUUUGACGAGCUACAAGGCGCCAUUUCCCGUUUGCAGAAGAAAAAUCUUUUCCCAUAUAAUCCAACAGCACUUUUGAAGUUGUUAAAACAGAUUGAGGCAAUAUAUAAUAAAAGUAUGAACCCUUUGUAA